UGUGGAGGAAAAUUUUAUUCAAUGAAACACUCUAAAAAUACAACUCUGAAAAACCGCAAAAUUAGAACUAACUCAACUUAACAAUUCAGCGUGAUUGAAAGUGAUUCAUCGGUUGAUACUUAGAAAAAAUGAAUGAGGCUGCAGCUCUUGCUGGUAUGAUUCCUUACGAUACCAUUGGUUUGUAUGAACAACCAAAACCACGAUUUAUUUUUAAAAUGCCACGUGUGGUACCAGAUCAGAAAUCCAAGUUUGAGAGUGAUGAAUUAUUCCGCCGUUUAAGCCGCGAAAGUGAAAUUCGUUACACUGGCUAUCGUGAACGUGCACCUGAAGAACGGCAGAUACGUUUUCAAAAUGGUUGCCGUGAGGGACACACUGAGGUAUCAUUUGUUGCUUCUGGCACAAAUUUGCAGUUGGUGUUCAAUGCAAACCAAAAUCCUUAUAUACAAGACAAAGAAUGCGAUUUCGAUAAAGAGCAUGGUAAAGUACAUAUUAAGUCAUAUUUUAUUAUGAACGGUGUAUGUGUGCGUUUUCGUGGUUGGUUGGAUUUGGAGCGCUUAGAUGGCGUUGGUUGUUUAGAAUAUGAUGAACGGCGAGCCAUGCAUGAAGAUGCUAUUUUACGUGAUCAAAUUGAUCGUUACAAUCAACGUUUACGUGAGUUUGAGGAUUCGAAACGUGCUUAUCGCGAUAAUCGCACAGAUGAAAUGGAAGCAGUACGUCGUGGUGUGGCAUCUGGAGGCAUUGGACCUGGCGUAUGGCGACGUUAGAGAGCAGUUAUAGCAUAUAUUUAUUUAAUACUCAUAUAGUUUAAAAAAUUAUUUCAAUUUAACAAAAAUAUUUUUUAUGAUACCUACUAAAAACUUUUAAUUUUAAGUUCAAAGUUUUUAUCUUUUAAUAAAGAU